AUGGGUAAGGCACCCUGCUGCGACAAGGCCAACGUGAAGAAGGGACCAUGGUCACCUGAAGAGGACGCGAAGCUCAAGGCUUACGUCGAGCGGCAUGGUACUGGGGGAAACUGGAUUGCUCUGCCUCACAAAAUUGGUCAGUCUAAGCUCUCCCUUCUCUGAUAGAAAUUUUCUGGAGAUCAACUAGGUGCAAAUGACCCUAGAAGAUAAACUACAUGUAAGAAGAUUAACUACACAGAAUCCGAGGAGCCAGAAAAGGAUCGAACACAGGAGGAUCUCAUCUUCGAGUUGAAAUCCAGUAUGAUUUUACUCUCAUGCCAUCUCUCUUCUGCUAGGGGCCCGAAAAUUCACAUAAAUAGGAACGUGUGUGGGUUCCCAAGAACUAAUCUUACAAAAUACUAAAAAAACCCUGUGGAACCUGGUUAUAACCCUCUUCUUGAAAGGUUAGAAGGGAAAAAAUCUGGAGAGAUGUUCUUCUAUAUCUCCAAACCUUACUCCUUUGAGGGAUGUCCAGGUCUCAAGAGGUGCGGGAAGAGUUGCAGGCUAAGGUGGCUGAAUUAUCUGAGGCCCAACAUCAGACACGGUGGCUUCUCCGAGGAAGAAGAUAACCUCAUAUCAAGCCUAUAUAUUAGCAUCGGCAGCAGGUAGCCUCUCUCUCGCUCUCUCCCUCCCCCUCUCCUCCCCACCCCCCACCCCCCCACCCAAUUCCUUCACACAGUUUUUCAUCUCCACAUCAGCUAGAGAAGCCCCUCCAUGCCACAAUUUCGGCUCUGACCAUACUUCUUCAGGUGGUCAAUUAUCGCAGCCCAAUUGCCUGGAAGAACAGAUAAUGACAUCAAGAACUACUGGAACACCAAGCUGAAGAAGAAACUACUUGGGAGGUGCAAAGAAUCACAGGCCAGCGGCAGCCCGUCCUCAAGCCAAGAAUCCAUGGUGUCACAGAAUUAUGAAGGACUUCCGCGAGGACUAAGCGCCUCUGCCCACGAAAGGAUGCAGCUCCACGUCCAACUCCAUGGCCUCCAAGGCUCCUUAUCUCUGUUGAAUGAGCCAGCUCUAUGGCACAAGUUCCAGAAUCUUGGCAACCGAGUUCUCUCGAUCCAACACGACUCCACGAAUGCAGAUGAGUCAGUGCAACGACUCACCGAGACCAGUUCAACAAGGGAAUCCCUUCCGACUCGACCCGAAUUCGAUGAACUAAGUAGCUUCGUGGUUGAGAAUACCCUCGGGGGCAUCGAAACUUCCUCCUUGAAUGGGGCCUGCUCACCCUCGAGGUCAAUGACCUUCAACAUGGAGCUUGUCUCCUUCAGAGAGACCGAUGGAGGAAGAGAGAGUGAAAUAUGGUGGGCUGGUAAUGGUAUCGACGAGCAGUUAUCCACAAGUUCGUGGGAUUCCACUUCGGCGAUGAAGCCCGAGACGAUGUUUCAGGAGUAUUUGUUGGGGUAUGAUUUAUAG